AUGGCGACAUUAGAGCAGGUGGUUGCGACUCUUCUAUCAAGACAGCAAGAAACCGCGGAGCAACAAAAACUGCUCUUGGAACGUUUAAUUGCUGUGACAGCAAAUUAUACCAAUGGACAAAAUGAGCGGGGCUCACCAACAAACAGUACAUUGGGCGGAUCAGAAGCUCUAAUGGAGACUCUUGCGAAGAGCAUACGUGAAUUCGCUUAUGACCCUGAGGAAGGUCAAACUUUUGCCAAAUGGUACGUGCGGUAUGAGGAUAAUUUUAAUGUGGAAGCUGCGUCACUGGAUGAUGCCGCAAAAGUGCGCUUGCUCCUAAGGAAGGUAAGCACGAAUGUGUUCGACAAAUAUCGGGACUAUAUUUUGCCUGCCCAGCCGCGUGAUAUCAAGUUCGAGGACAUUAUUGCAACGCUAAAAAAACUUUUUGGGAAAAAGGAGUCACAGUUCAGUAUUAGGGUAAAAUGCAUACAGAAUGUGCGUAUGAAUGACGAAGAAGUUAUAACAUAUGCAGCCCGAGUCAAUAGGUUAUGUGAAAAUUUUAAUCUUCGGGAUUGUACGGGUAAUAAUUUUAAAUGUCUAAUGUUCCUUCACGGCAUGCAAUCGGCAUCUGACGAAGAUCUGCGCGCGAGACUUCUAUCUAUGCUGGACUCGGAAACUAGUGAAAGACCUUUAACAAUCGAUAAUUUAGUAGCAGAAAUACAGCGUAUUAAGAACUUAAAAAAUGAUGCCCUCGUAUGUGCUAACCCAACGAAAGUUCAAGCGGUUUCAGAACACAAGCAAGCGAAAGUCGAUACUAAGGCAUUGCCAAGCAGACCUUGCUGGCAAUGUGGUCGUAUGCAUUUUGUUCGUGAGUGUAGCUUUACCAGCCAUAAAUGCACGCAAUGUGGUAAAGUGGGUCACAAAGAAGGUUAUUGUUCAUGCUUUUCGGAACGGAAACCGGCGAUGGCGAAACGUAACGAGACAAAGAAAAAGAGCAGGAAGCGGAAAUUUAUUAGAAGCGUAUUUACAGCGUGUGAAAAUGGUUCUCACAACCGUCGUUUUGAGACCAUAGAGAUUAAUGGCGUGGGUCUCCAACUCCAACACGAUACUGGUUCGGACGUAACCAUUAUUUCCACGCAGAAUUGGAAAAGAAUCGGCAGUCCUUCAUUGCGCUCAUGUCAGAAAUCAUUUCGUGAUGCUUCGGCAAAUCAAAUUUCGAUUGCUGGCGAAUUUGAGGCAGACAUUGUAAUGAAAGGAAAGAUAAAGCAAGCAACAAUCACUGUGUCACCUAACCUUAAUUUAUUAGGCACAGACAUUAUCUCGCUUUUUGAGUUAUGGGACACUCGCAUAACAGAAUACACGUCAAGCAGGAACGUUCAAACCAGCAGUAAAUUAACACAACCAAAUUUGCUUGCGAUGUUUCCGAGUAUACUUAGAGACGAAAUUGGUCACUUCACGGCACAAAAAGUUCACCUACAACUUAAACCACAUGCAGUUCCUGUGUUCCGUCCCAAAAGACCGAUUGCGUACGCAGCUCGCGACCAAGUUGAAAGAGAACUGAAAAGAUUAGAAGAUGAGGGUAUUAUAUCUCCAAUCAACUUUUCAAAAUGGUCAGCACCAAUCGUAGUGGUAAAAAAAGCAUCAGGCGAUGUGCGCAUAUGUAGAGAUUAUUCCACAGGUCUCAACGAUCAGCUUGAACCUCACACUUUUCCACUACCACUUCCAGACGAAAUAUUUGUUAAUUUCAACGGCUGCUCAUAUUUUUCUAUAGUGGAUCUCAACAACGCGUACAUGCAGAUAGAAGUUGAUGAAGAUACCAAAAAACUUUUAGUGAUCAACACGCAUCGAGGGUUAUACACAUUCAAUCGUUUAGCACCAGGAGUUAAAUCUGCACCCGGGGCAUUUCAACAAGUUAUGGAAUCACUUCUGUCGGGAAUUCCUGGAGUGUUCCCGUACUUAGACGAUAUUGUUAUAGCCACUAAAAGUAAAGAGCAAAACAUUAACGCAGUGAUUCAGAUAUUCGAACGUUUUAAGUUACGCAACAUCACUGUCAACUUCAACAAGUGCAAGUUUUUUCAGAAGUCCUGUACUUAUCUGGGUUAUCACAUCGAUAAAAAUGGAAUUAGCCCAGAUAAGAGCAAAAUUAACAAAAUUUUGGAACUACCGCCUCCGAAAGAUGUAAGCGAGCUUCGAACAUUUUUAGGCGCUAUAAACUACUACGAUAUACUAUCGCGUCUCAUCAGAAACACAACAAGGCCUAACGAAGAUACGAUCAUCGCUUGCUGUCAACUAGAGCGUGAAGUGAAACAAAGUGCAGUCGAAGCCUUAGAGAAUUUACCAGUAACGUUCCAGAUGAUCCAAAAUGCAACGUUGAAGGACAAAGUUUUACAAGAAGUCAUCUCAUACUUGAAGAAUGUCUCUGACGCUAGCAACUCACGCGCUUGUAUUGCAGAGCCAGAUCUCGCUACUUCACAGGAAUCGGCUUCAAGUGAUACGAGUCAGCAGACUACACCAUGCACGAAUAUGGCAGAUCCUCUGAACCAAUUGCUACCAGAGGCUAGUACCGAUGCUCCGAAUGACAACCGCGAACCGGUAACAGAGCAAACCGAGGUUCAUCCAGAGCUAAGGCGUUCAUCUAGGCGUAAAAGACCUCCUGCAUGGAUUCCAGAUUACCAUCUUUUUAAAAGAAGGAAGGAUGUUGGCAACCCACAAGUGUAG